AUCUUCUUCGAGCUGAACUUACUGUAGUGAAACCCUGUGCAUUUGUGUUUACGAUCACCGCCGAAUUAUAAGUGUUAUGGUGAACUGAGUGUCGGGAACCACCAGUUUUUCUCUCCAGUCCAGCGUGUGAAGGGGCUGGCGCGGGCUGUUCUGCUGGUACUCCUGGGGCUCCUCGUCGCCACCUGACCACACAAACUGUUUUAAUUUUCCUCACGCUCUUGAAAAUGUGGCGGUGAACCUGUGGAGGAAGUGUGGUGGUGGUGGUGAUCCCAGGACCUGCCCUCCCGCACGAGUGGUGGUCAACCCCGGCGACAUGUAUUGGAUGACCCCUUUGGUUAGCGGCACCCAGCUGAGCCCUACGCCUACCGCGCCCACGGUCUCAGCGGCUCCUACGCCCACACUCUCGCACGCCCACCUGGCAGUCAUGUACUCUCCGGCAGCCUACUCAGACCAGCCCACGCCCUACCCACUGCCUACGUUGGGGGGCGAGCAGUCCGCCUUCUAUUCUCCGACGGCAGCGGGACUUGAGCUGAAGGACUCUCUGGCAGCGUCCCCAAUGGCCCCCACCUGGCCCUAUCCGUCCGUCUACUACCCCUACGACACCGCCCUCGCCUCCUAUCCCUUCGCCGGGUUAGUCCACCCUCCUCUAGGCGUCCUGGGCCCAGAUGCUCAAAGUUAUGGCGUGGGUCUCGACGCCGCCCGCAGGAAGAACGCCACCCGGGAGGCGACGGCGACGUUGAAGGCGUGGCUGAACGAGCACAAGAAGAACCCUUACCCCACCAAGGGAGAGAAGAUCAUGCUGGCCAUCAUCACCAAGAUGACCCUCACACAGGUGUCGACGUGGUUCGCCAAUGCACGUCGGCGGCUGAAAAAAGAGAACAAGAUGACGUGGGAACCCAGGAGCAAGACCGACGAAGAUGAUGACGACGACGAUGAUAAAGACGACGAAAAGAUCGACGAUAAAGAUGACAAAGACGAUGAUGAUAAGAAAGAUGAUAAAGAUAUUCUGUUCAGCGACGGUGAGAAGGACAAGAAGGAUGUGGAAGGUGGGCGGUCUAGUACGGGCGCGGGCGGCACCGGCGCCGGCUCUCCUGGGAUACCGCCCACCGACGUCGCACAUCCUAAGCCUCGUAUUUGGUCCCUCGCAGACAUGGCCACGUCAGGCUGUGUGGGCGGCGGAAGUGCGGGCGGCUUAGGCGGACUGAGCGGAGGCGCUGGUAAAAUGAUGGGAGGGGGCAUGGCGCGGGGGCUGCACCUGGAGGGGUCCCCCUACUCCCGCCCGCUGUUCCCCCACGCCUCCUACCCCUACAUCCCCCACAGCGUCAGUGAGAGUCUCCUCUCCUACUCCUACACCAAGUCCCUGGCCGCGGGCUUUCCUCCCGUCAGCCUUAGCGACGUGACCACCGCCAGUCUACUGGCUCCCUCACCCCUCGUACACGACCUCUCCAGACACGACCUAGGACGACCAGAGAUCUCGCGCCCUGAGGCUCUACGGCCAGACAUCUCCCGCGACCUGCCCCGUGACCUACCCCGCCAUGAACUGGCCCGGCCAGAACCCCAUCGACCUGAACCCCGCCCGCCUAUGGAUAAGGACGUGUGAUGCUCUCACGCCGCCCACACCCACGCCCACGUGUGUUAAAUGUCAAAACUAUUGUGAGUCGGCCCAGUGUGGCCCAGUGCAUGACUGUGGCUCACCUCUGCCGCAGUGUGGCCCAGGGCCUCUCGUAUGGUGGAUGAGAGGGCGGCCCAUGUGACGCCUGCGGCCCUGACCCCCAACCUGUGCCACUGGGUGGGAGGGGACACCGCGCCCUCAGUAUGCCAGGGACAAGGUGCCAGUGAAGGACCGGAGGAGAGAGAGUGAGUCCCUGGGCCAGGGGGAGGGAGAGCUACAGAGGGGGAGGACAGUGACGGGACAAACAUAGUGCCACCAGCUGUCUCUUGUGUCACAAAAGUUAGCUUAGCAACUUCUCCUCCCUUCAGUACCUUGUUCAAGAAAAAUCUCAUUAACCUCUUUCAUUUUUAUAUUUUUCCCCCUACCCCCUGAGUGUAUCACGGACCCCCUGAGUGUAUCACGGACCCCUGAGUGUAUCACGGACCCCUGAGUGUAUCACGGACCCCUGAGUGUAUCAGUGUAAGACGCCAAAGAUAUUUAAUUUAGGAUGUUCCUAUAAGUUAUGUACGACAAAAUAGUCUAUAUCUCUUUGUUGACCCAGGGAGCGAACACACACCCGUGAUCACUGUUGAUGUUGACCUGAGUAACAUAUCAUGUGGAGCAGCCGCCACCCCCUGUGUGUGUUAUAAGCCAGGCUUGUGUGUGUGUGUGUGUGUGUGUGUGUGUGUGUGUGCGUGCGUGUGUGUGUGUGUGUGUGUGUGUGUGUGUGUGUGAGGCCCACCAGCACCCGGCUCUGCGUGCACGCCGCCAUAGUGUUCCCUCGUGCCAAAGUUAUGAAGUUGCGUUUGUGUCGUGACCGAGAACUGUACGUGGUCAUGUUGAGGAAGUGCACAUGGUAGAGUUCAAAUGCUGCGCGUGUAAAGUGAUCACAAAUUAACACACUUUACGUCAGGAACUGAAGGUGAAGAAAAAAUGAAGACUUUUACACAAAUUGAUUUUUUUACACUUCAUAAUCAACCACGUGCUCACCGCUACCACGCUUACGACGACGCCACCACGUACUGAAGAAGGCGACCGACCACGUGCAAAGGCCAGGAGGGGGCAGGACAGAGAGAGAGAGAGAGAGUGAGUGAGUGAGUGUGUGUGCAGGGGAGGGGAGUGUACAAGUUGCCUCCACGUCAUUCCUUGAGCGAUACUUUUGUGUUUUCCCAAAAAGUUUCAGCUCCAAAGCAUUGAGAUGCAUGUAGAUUUCUUAUGAUUAUUAUUAUUAUUAUCAUUAUUAUUAUUAUUAUUAUUAUUAUCAGGAAUUUAUUAUAUUCAUGCUUCCGACUGCUGUGUUGUGACCUCUUGUACACGUGACGAUAAGGUCGAAUAUUCCUCCUUCGGUAUUAAGACGAUGGGAAUGUGAGCCUUAUCGAGCCAGGUGUUAAGAAUCAUAAUGGAGUAAUUUGUCAGCUGUUUGUUGUCAGUCGUCCACCAGUCAUGAAAUGAUGUGUGUUAUGUAAUUUAACAGUUUCAUAUAAGAGUGAUUUUUGUACAUAUGUAAUAUACAAUGAUAUUUGAACAAAUAAAUAAUUGUGAUACAUA